AUGCCAUAUCCUACCGUAGAGCAAGGAAAUAUGAAUGAGCUCAGUGAUGAGGGACAAGAGCUUCAUUCACGUUAUAUCAACGAUUUUCAGCUGGCCUCUACAAAAUACUUGUCUCGUCCGAAGUUUAGCCAGCCUGACCAGAUGCCCAACGCCGUGUCCAACCUUCAGCGGAUGACAUACCCUGACUCUUUCGCUUGUCAAAUCAUAUUUCCUGUACGAGCUUUUCCUGUGAGGCACGCGAGUCCCCCUCCUCAGGACUCCUUUCACUCCGGAUCCGCAGAAAAGAUGACUACUUCCAAGCACCAGACUCCAACUACAUGCUCUGAAUCAGUUAUUACUCCAAGUCAUCUGCAAGCUGAGUGUCCCCAGACUGAGGAAGGAAAUACCCAAUAUAUGAACACCUUCUCGGGGGUCAGUUCGGAGGAAGAAGCGCUGCGACUAUUUGAGAUUAUCAAAGAAAAGAGUCAAGGAAAUGGUGAAAAUAUCGAGACAUUAUUGCAGGAGAUAGGAAUCUCAGUGGCUGAUUAUCAGUUUGUACUGUUGGUUGGUGAAAUGCAUUAUCAUUCCAAGAGAUUGGCACAGGAAGAGAUUGACAGAAGAAUCCAGCAAGAGAUUCACCAGGAGGAACAUUCAACAGAGGCUUCCCCGGCACUGGGCUAA